AUGGAGUUUGCACAAAAGGUUGUUCUUCAGGCAUCGAUGCACUUUUCAUUCCUGAAGGCUGGUGAGCAACAACAGAAAGGUGAAGCAUCUGGUGAUUUUCAAGAAUUUCAUCUUAAUGGAAAACCAAUAACUAAAAGGAAGUUUACUAUGGAUGCGACAUUGGAGGACAAGAUUUGUGAUCUCUAUGAUCUUUCUGUAGAUGGGUUGGAUGAAAAUGUAGGUCCACAGAUCAGAAAGUUUUAUGCUGAGCUUGCACAGUUAUGGCCCAGUGGUUACAUGGACAAUGAUGGGAUCAAACUUGGAAUUUGCAAGGCAAAAGAGAGGCACAUAGCACUGUACAACAAACAUAAGCCACAUUGGGGCAUCUUCAACUAUGAUGGGAGUGUUAAGUACCAAGUUGAAUUGGGGAAUGGGAAAAAACUUGUGGCUGUAAAAGGGGUGAACUACUUGAAGAAACAAUGGUGUGUGGUUUCUCAAGAUGCUAAUGUUGAUGACCCUAAGAUGGAGGAUAGCUUGAAGAUUGCAUGUGAUGGGUCAACGGGGAGCACUACUUUGGGUAAUGGGUCAUCUUGUGAGUGGUUGGAUAAUAGGACCAAGGCUUCAUAUGCCUUCAAUGCGUACUACCAGUUAGUGACUAAUCAAAGCAUAAAUGGAUGUGAGUUCAAUGGUUUAGCAAGCAUGACUGACAAAGACCCUUCACCCCCCAAAGGUACUUGCAAAUUUGAUAUUGGGCUUGAGGUGGUGGAGCAACUUGCUACAAGCCCUUCACCUACAUCAGCACCAACAACAACUGAACCCAGUCCAGACAAGCCCAGUCUUGAGUCUAGGGCAUCAGACCCCAGGUCCAAGAAGUCCUUGGCAGUGGAAACUAGGCAACCAAACUUAAUUGUCAUUGUUGCAAUGGUAGUAUUUAGUUUGAUGCUUACAAUCAUCCUUUGA